AAGGACUUGAGCUAGAGCGCCAUGACAGCUGAGGUGAAUAAAGGUCCCACUCUGGGUAUACGACAUCUGCAGGCUUUGCUUAUAUUCAUAACAAUCACCUCCGUCUACAUUGGACGCCUCAAUGUGGGCGUGUCUGUGGUGGCCAUGACCAAUGCCGAGUCGACAAAUCCCGAUUUUCCGGAAUACGACUGGACGGAGGCAGAGAAAUCGUAUAUAUUGUCCAGUUUCUUCUGGGGCUAUAUUAUCACCCAGUUUCUGGGCGGAUAUUUGUGCAAGUUGUUCGGCGUGAAGAACGUCAUGUUUUGGGCCACGUUCGCAUCGGGCGUUUGCAGUGCUGUCACGCCCCUCUUCAUCGGCUGGGGCGGCUGGGCCACCUACUGCGGCAUACGUGUGCUGAUGGGCUUCGCCCAGGGCCUGAUCUUUCCCUGCAUUCAUCAGCAUUUGGCACGCUGGUCGCCGCCGGAGGAGCGCAAUCGUUUGGGCGCCUUGAGUCACACGGGCAUCGAGGCUGGCAAUGUGCUGUCCAUGUUUGUGAGCGGCAUGAUUGCCAAGGGUCCGAUGGGUUGGCCGGGCAUCUCGUAUAUAUCGGCUGGCGUGGCCUUUGCCAGCUGCGCUCUUUGGUUUGUCCUGGCGGCCAACAAUGCCACCGAGUCACGCUUCAUUGGCGAGGCGGAGAGAAACUACAUCGAAUCAUCGUUGAAACACAAGGAAAAUUACCACAACACCGUCAUUCCCAUACCCUGGCGCGCCAUAUUCACAUCGGGUCCUUUCCUGGCGCUGAUCGUGGCCCGCUGCGCCGAGACUUGGGGCCUGAGCACGCUGCAGGCCGAGAUUCCCGCUUACAUGAAUGGCGUGCUGCAAAUGGAUAUCAAGGACAAUGCGUUCUUUUCGGCGCUGCCCUUCCUGGCCAUGUGGAUCAUGUCGUAUGUGUACCUGAUCUUUGCUGACAUCCUGCUCUCGGGCAAAUGCCUCUCACUGACAGCCAUACGCAAGACCUUCAACUCGAUUGCCUUUUGGCUGCCGGCGGCCACAUUGAUUGGCAUUGGCUUCCUCGAUGUGGACCAAAAGAACUUUGCCAUUGUCCUGAUGACACUCAGCGUGGGCUUCAACAGCGGCGCCACCAUUGGCAGCUCCCUCAACUCCAUUGAUCUGUCGCCAAACCAUGCCAGCAUCCUGAUGGGCAUUGUGAACACUGCCGCCAAUGUGGUACCCAUUGUGACGCCACUUGUUGUGGGUCAGGUGGUCAGCGAUAAUACCGAUCGCAGCCAGUGGCAAAUCGUGUUCAUAAUCUCCUCUGUGAUCUUCUUUGUGGGCAAUUGCAUUUACCUGCUCUUUGGCACGGCUGUCUCGCAGCCCUGGGAUGCCGAAGAUUUUCUGCAGCCGCAACCUAUUGCCGGAUUGGAAAUUGUGGAAAGACAACACGAAAAAUCGGUCUCGAAAAUGCCCAUUAGCUAAUUGAUAGCGCAGCUAAUCAAGUAUUAUUUACCGAGCUAAUCAUCAGAUAAAUGCCACAAAUACAACACGCCAAAACUCAAUGCUGUAAAGUACACACAAUAUGUUAGAUAUACUCAACAGUUGCCCUGCUAUCAACAGCAUUUCGUUAUGUUAAUGAAACUGUUAAGCAUUAUCAAUAAAUGUUAUCGCAACACACUGACAGAAAAUUGUGCCG